AUGGACAUACCUGGUUAUUACCCACAGCCACUAGUCCACCAGUCUGGUAACUAUCCACAGGAUCUGUUAGUAUUGGAGGGAUCAGCAACACCUCAGGAACCAAAGUCCGAGGCAGCCGGCAGGUCAGAGCCAGAGGAGCGCUGUCCUGUUUGUGGUGACAGAGUGUCAGGAUAUCACUAUGGGCUGCUCACCUGUGAGAGCUGUAAGGGUUUCUUUAAACGCUCAGUGCAGAACAACAAACUCUACACUUGUGUAGACCAACAAAGCUGCCCGAUGAACCUUUCUCAGAGGAAACGUUGUCCUUUCUGCCGCUUCCAGAAGUGUUUGGCCGUAGGCAUGAAGAGAGAAGCUGUAAGAGCAGACAGAAUGAGAGGAGGCAGGAAUAAAUUUGGACCUUUUUACCGGAGAGACAGGCAGAUAAAACAGUUAAAGGGAAACACUGACCCCUACAGGAUAAAAAUGGAAACUACACAAACAUUAAGUCCCCAAUCACCAAAUCCUCACCUGCAACGAAUGCAUCCAAGUGAUCCCUCAUCUUCCAAUGCUUUUCAUCUCUCCCACAUUAUGUAUUCAUCCGGCAUGGGACAGUCAACUGAACCCAUGCAAAUGGACGCUAUAAUGAACAACCACAGAGUGCCAACUCCUCCAUCCAUGCCUUAUCAUGAACUGUACUGCACUUUUCCUGGACACCCGCAGGACAAAGGAGAAAUGGGGUUUGGCUACAACUCAACUCCCACACACCAUCCAAUGUAUUCAACCCCAAAUAAUGUAUUCACACCAAGAAGCACGCCUUCAUCUUCUCCCUGUCCUGCACCAAGCUCAGCCACUGUUCUCUCCCAGGCUCCAUCCAUCCCUCCAUCGGACAUUUUUACUCCAAACUUUCUUAGUCAGCUCCUGAAAGGUGAGCAAGAUGAGGCCCAGCUGUGUGCCAAAGUCCUGGCUAGUCUGCAGAGAGAGCAAGCCAAUCGGGGGAAGCAUGACCGCCUAAAUACGUUCAGCAUCAUGUGCAAAAUGGCUGACCAGACUUUGUUUGGGCUUGUGGAGUGGGCCAGAAACAGCAAUCUGUUUAAGGAGCUCAAGGUUGAAGAUCAGAUGGUGCUUUUGCAAAGCUGUUGGAGUGAGCUGCUGGUCCUAGAUCACCUCUGUAGACAAGUCACUUAUGGCAAAGAGGGCUGUAUAUACCUGGUCACCGGUCAACAGAUUGAGGUGUCAACCAUUACAUCCCAGGCUGGACAUACACUAAGUAGCUUGGUAACAAGAACCCAGGACCUUGUUUCUAAACUUAAGGCACUUCACUUCGAUAGACAUGAGUUCGUUUGUCUUAAACACCUUGUUCUUUUCAACCCAGAUGUGAAAUCUGUGAAAAGCCGAAGACAAGUGGAGCAGACUCAAGAGAUGGUAAACAGGGCCUUAAUGGAGCACACCCAGUGGAAUCAUCCAGGACAGUCAGACAAGUUUGGCCAGCUGCUUCUCCGGCUACCCGAGGUCCGCAGCAUUAGUUUGCAGGUCGAGGACUAUUUGUAUCAACGCCACCUUCUUGGAGAUUUACCCUGCAACUCCCUACUUGUAGAGAUGCUACACGCCAAGAACAACUGAAAAGGUGUUGAAGUGAGACACUAGAGUGGUCCAAGUUUGCUGCUGUGAAUAUUUGUUCCAACUUCUUACAAAUUCAGCAGUCCAGUUUGCUUUCACAUACAG